AUGACGUACGUGUCUGGGGGUCAAGUGAUCGAGAAGCGGUCCUGGCUGCGGCUGUCCAUCAUCCCGGACAUCUUUUGGGGCAUCAUUGGCAUCUUCCAGCUCUUGAAGUGCCAAAGUCGAAUCGUCGUUCGGCUGCGCGUCGAGGUGGCGGUGGCGGCGGACCUGGCGGAGGAGGUGGCCCAGGUGGCCCGCGUCGUCCCAUCGGUCGCCUGCAACCGGCGACUUGUGUCCCAGGUAAUUCCCCACCACUAA